AUGCCCUCCGCAAGUGGAACCCCGGCGCCUGCCGUAAAAGGCAAAUACCUCAACACGCUGCUGGAAAAGGCGAAGAACCUGCCUGCGGGCAAAAUGAAAGAGCUUGGUGAGGAGGUGCGCGGGAUGCGCAAAAAGGCCGCUGCUGAUCCAGAAGUGGCGUGCUACCUUGAAAUCCUUUGUCGCUCAUACUUGAGCAGCGAAGCGAGUUCGGCGAGCCUGGAUGCCACAUUUGAAGAUUGGCAGAAGCAGCAGCAGCAACAACAAGAGGAAGAGGAGAGGAAGAAGAAAGAGGAAGAGGAGGAGAAGGCGAGGAGUGAGCGGAAGAGGAAAGCGGAGGAAGACACCUCCCAGCUUGACCAAUCCGCCACCAGCCGCCCCGUCACAGCCUACCGCAACCCGAACCCCGAUCCGGGGUGCCACGUAUCGUGUGCGAGUAGCGACUACCACCCCAGAAAGCCCUGUCCUGCCGCUGUAGCGGAGAAGAAGCUCGCUGCUAAUGCAGCACGGGAUGAAAAGCGCGCCGCCAAGAAAGCAGGCCGCCUUCCCGGCCCAUACAUACCUCGAGCAGAAGACUGGCUCUGCCGUUGCGGCUUUUGGAACGGCAAGUAUACGGAUGUCUGCCGAGGCAACGUGGGAGGAGUAGGUGGUGUUCCGUGUGAUGGUGUCCGAAAGGACAGUGUCCGCGUGCAAGAACCCGGCCCGGGUAUAGAGGAACCGUGGCCGUGUCGGGCCAAGUACGACGGGGACUGGUGCUCUUCAGAUGUAGUCAAGUAG